AUGGCAUCCAAAAAAAGACAACAGUGGGACGAGCAUGAUAUGCGACAGGCUAUUGAGAACGUACAAGAUCACAGUAUGGGCUUUAAGUUGGCUGCAAAGACCUUCAAUGUUCCCAAAACAACUUUGCGAAGGCGUUUGGCUAAACAGGACAGUUCCAAGGGUAAUUUGGGAGGACGAACCGCAAUUUUCUCUAAAGCCAUCGAAGAGGAGAUUGCAGGAUAUAUUAUUGAUAUGGAAACACGUUUUUUUGGUUUAACCUCUAAAGAUUUGCGGCGGAUGGUAUUCGAAGUAGCCGAAAAAAAUAAAAUAGAGCAUCGUUUCAAUCGUGAAACAAAAAUGGCAGGUUGGAAAUGGGUGAGGGGAUUCCUGAAGCGCAAUCCACGAAUUUCUUUGCGUAGUCCAGAAAGUACAUCAUUAGCUAGAGCCCAGGCUUUUAACAAGCCUAAUAUUCAAGCCUAUUUCAAUGCACUAUCUAGCACUCUGGAGCAGUACAACUUUCCUCCCGAAAAUAUAUUUAAUAUGGAUGAGUCAGGUUUGACUACGGUCCAAAAGAAAUGUCAAAAAAUUUACGCUUCAAAAGGUCGGAAGCAAGUUGGUGCACUCAGCAGUGCAGAGCGUGGGCAGCACGUGACCGUAGUGUGCUCAAUGAAUGUCAUGGGCACUUACAUCCCUCCUGCUCUUAUUUACCCUCGUCAAAGGAUGAACGAUGAGCUUAUGAACGGUGCUCCCGUUGGUAGCAUAGCUUUCGUACAAGAAAAAGAUGGGCACAGUAGCCAUAAGAGUCUCGAAUCUCUUCAGUUUGCAAAAGAAAAUGGGGUAAUUGUGUUCUGCUUCCCGGCACAUUGUUCAUAUCACGUUCAACCAUUGGACGUAGGAUUCUUCCGUCCUCUUCAUACGUAUUUUGAUCAAGAAAUUCAAUUAUGGCUUCGUCAAAACCCGGGGAAGGCAGUGACUCAAUUCAAAAUAGCAGGUCUUCUCAAUCAAGCUUAUUUGAAGAGUGCUGUACCAUCAAAUGCAAUAAAUUCGUUCAAAAAGACUGGCAUUCAUUCUUUCAAUCCUCAUGUCUUCGAGGACUGGCAGUUUGCACCAGCUUUAGCAACGGAUAAGCAGAUUCCCGAGGCUCAAGGAGAUAUCAUCGAGAACCAAAUGGAAUUAGAAAUUCAAACCCCAUCCACAUCUGGUCUUAACAUGUCUUCAUCGUCAGUUCUCGACAUUUCUGUGAAGGAAAUUUGUCCUCCCCCUCAAACUGUAGCAAUUGGUACUGAUAAAAAAAAUGCAGAAGAAGGGGAAAAACUGGUCAUUUGA